GCGUCGUUUCAGUUACCCAAUCGCAUCGCCGAUGUGAAGUAAGAGGGGGAGCGCGAGAGAGAACGAGUGAAAGAAAGAGUGAGAAAAAGAGAGAGAGAGAAAGGAGUGCGCGAGUGUGGCGUGUUCAUACGCGCAAAAGGGAGCGAAAGAGAAGGAUCAAAAUAAUACGAGAGAAAAGCGCAUCGGGGGAGGAGAAGAGAGGGAGAGGAAGAGAGAGAGAGAGAGAGAGAGAGAGAAAGAGGACGAGAAGAAGAGAGCGGAGACUAUGUUACGAGUCGUCUUCGUCGUCGCAGUCAUCGUCGUCAUGCCGCUCGGUCUUGCCUGAACAAAGGAAGGUUCUUCUCCCUCGGCUCUCCGCGUCGAGGGUCGUUUCCGAUCGACGAACCGUCGGGAUCCUUCCUCGGGUGUCUUCGGCGUGGCUCGUACGCGUCGGGCGCGCACGAAGCGGUCAGUCACGUAGCAGCGGCCGAGACGUGAGGAACAAAGGACGGCGGCAGGAUCUGCGCGCGCGUGAAAGAGGGAGAACGGUGCGGAGUAACAAAACCGAGCGUUGUAUUGUACAUAUACGGCGGUCGUGCGCGUUAUUUCCGGCGACAUUGUUGACACUUAGCGGUCGGUGUAAACUCCCUCGAUCGAAAUCUUCUCGAAAUCGAGAAAGAGUGGUAGAGAGAGGAGAAAUAACUCCGCCGAGAGCAGCCGCGAGCCGAAUAACACCGGUGCUCCGAAAGACAGGCGCGUCGUCGCGAACUCGACUUGUGCAUUGUGCGUUGUUUUUUUGCCUUUUUUUUUAUACUUUUCUAUCCCGACGAUAUCGCAGUGCGACGAUCCUGGAGUAAGGAGGAGGAGGAGGAGAGAGAGAGAGAGAGAGAGAGAGAGAGAGAGAGAGGGGGGAGAAGAAAGAAAGAAAGGAAGGAGCGGUAGCGUACCUGCCUAUCGGACAUCCUUCGAAAAGGGACACGAUUUGUGAGUGAAAGGGAGAGGGACCGAUUCGAUCGAGAGUGCAGAAGAGUAAGAGUGGAAGAAGGAGAGAAGCGAGACCCUCUCGGAUUUUUUGGCCUGCCUGCCUGUCUGCCUGCCUGCCUGCGCGACGAACCGGCGACCUAACCUAACGACAACGACGGUUGAGAAGUGCGCGCGAGAAUCGGAGAGAAAGAGAGAAUCUCGUCAGUGCGAGGGUCAAGGAAGAAAGAGAGAGAGAAAGAGAGAGCGGGAGGCGAAAGGACGAAAGUGAAAAGGUAAAAUCGGAGCGUCCUCCGUUCUUCGCUCCGGCGUAGGUUUAAACGACGUCGCGCGCGUCGUGGGGUUUUUUUUUCUUGUGACAUGUGCCGCGGAGUGUACCGCGAUUGAAGGGAGACACAAACGGGAAGCUCAAACAUUUAUUCGGCAGCGCACGGAUUAUCCUCGUGUUUACGGGAUGCCGGUUGACUGAAGAUGGCCUCGCCGACACCCUCAUUGGAAUCGCGCGCAAAUUCCCUCGGGUCCCCGGUCUCGCUGUCCCCAGUAACGGUGAGCGGCAAACCUGCUAGCGAUUCGGCGAUCUGCGACGUCGACAGCUGCGACUUGUGCCUCGACGCACCAAAGUCGGGCGAAGAUCCUUGCCCGCGCUGCCGGCUGGGUAGCACCGGUGGCACCAGUCGCAUCCAUUGCACCGGCUGCAAAUCCACUGAAGCUGGCGCUGUAGCGCGUUGUUACGAUUGUGAUCAGUUUCUCUGUCCAAAUUGCGUGAUGGCACAUCAAUAUAUGCUCUGCUUCGAAGGCCACCGAUUAUUGAACUUGGCCGACUCCAAGCUGGAGACCGUCGGUAGCGGCGGCGGUAGCGGUGGCGGCGGUGGAAAUGGCAGCGGCGGCGGUGGUGGUAGCACGAUCACCGCGACUACGGAAUUGCCUAAAAACGCCUGUAACGGCAGCAGCGGUGGCGGAGGCGGUGGUGGCAAUACUCUGGUUAUCAACGGCACCGGAAACAGCAACAAUGGUGGCAACGCUGAGAAGGUACACUUCUGUUUACGACAUAAGCAAGAGAUAAUCAAGUACUUCUGUAGAAGCUGCAAUGUGCCAAUUUGCAAAGAGUGCACGCUGACGGAGCAUACGGCGCCGUUACAUGACUGUGCCCACGUCACGGAAGUAGGUUCGCAACAACUGGAAGCAUUGUCGCGGAUCAUCCAGGAGUGCCGCUCGAAGGCGGCGGACGCGCGUGCGGCGGUCAAAGCAACGGACCAUAACGCCGCAAUACUACAGGUGCAGUAUCACAAAGCGCAAAAUGAGAUCAACGAUACCUUCCAGUUCUAUCGAUCAAUGCUGGACGAGCGCAAGCAGGAGCUACUGAAGGAACUCGAUUCGGUGUUCUCGACGAAGCAAAUCUCCUUGAAUGUGCUCUCCACGCGAGCGGGUGAGAUGGCAGACAAAAUGAUGCAGACCUGUGACUUCGUUGAGCGUGUAACCAAAGUUACCACUAUCACAGAUUUCCUCAUGGUCAAGAAGAUCCUUGAGGCUAAGCUCCAGUCACUGCUCAGUUACACUCCAAAUACAGACAUUGCCAAUCAAACAGCGGAUCUUGAGUUUGUCAGCAAUUAUCAAGCGAUACAAGUGGGAGUGAGGAAUACCUUCGGUUACGUUCGGAGUAAUAGUAACAGUGAAAACAACGCGAUCGGCAAACAACCACCUAUUGCACGACCUACUGCUCUGUCGAGCAACGGCAUUGGUAGCAGUAGCAGCAGCAACAUUAGCAACGGACCCGGAAGCGGCGUUGGUUCUCUGGGCAGUCUUCUCUUAGAUCGGACUUACAGUAACGGCCUGAUCUCCUCCAGUAUGAAUUGCGGAUCGUCAUCUUCACCUUCCUCGAUCGACACUGUCAGCAGCGUGAUCUCAAAACGUUUCAGUUCGGCCAAUAGUCUCGGCCCGUUCUCCACGACGAUCAGCGACGUGAAUCUAAACGGAAUGAAUGCCAAUCCGUAUGAGAAAUGGAGCAACGGCGGUAGUGACACUUACCCGGUCGUGACGACGAACGACCAUUUCGCGAUGCCGUCGGUAGCUGUAGCGACGAACGCCGCACCUGGCGAUUCCGUCCUUGACUUGACUUCGAAACUGAUGUCUACCGCGAUAUUCCCGCCCAAGUCGCAAAUUAAACGACAGAAGAUGAUUUACCAUUGUAAGUUCGGUGAGUUUGGCGUGAUGGAGGGUCAAUUCACCGAGCCGUCAGGCGUCGCGGUAAACGCGCAGAACGAUAUCAUCGUUGCUGACACGAACAAUCAUCGCAUUCAGAUCUUCGACAAAGAAGGCAGGUUCAAGUUUCAAUUUGGCGAGUGUGGCAAACGCGACGGCCAAUUGCUUUAUCCAAAUCGCGUCGCCGUUGUGAAGACAUCUGGUGACAUUAUUGUUACGGAACGUUCGCCGACUCACCAGAUUCAGAUUUACAAUCAAUACGGUCAAUUUGUACGCAAGUUCGGUGCAAACAUCCUCCAGCAUCCACGUGGCGUCACCGUCGACUCAAAAGGACGCAUCGUCGUCGUAGAAUGCAAAGUGAUGCGCGUCAUCAUCUUUGAUCAGACUGGCAACGUUCUACAAAAAUUUGGCUGUUCGAAACAUCUCGAAUUCCCGAACGGCGUGGUGGUGAACGAUAAACAGGAGAUCUUCAUCAGCGACAAUCGUGCUCAUUGUGUCAAGGUUUUUAACUACGAAGGCUCUUACUUACGACAGAUUGGCGGGGAAGGUAUCACCAACUAUCCGAUUGGCGUGGGCAUUAAUACGCACGGCGAGAUACUAAUAGCGGACAAUCAUAAUAAUUUCAAUCUGACUAUCUUCACGCAGGAUGGUCAGUUGGUCUCGGCCCUUGAAAGCAAGGUGAAGCACGCUCAGUGUUUUGAUGUGGCGCUAAUGGAUGACGGCUCGGUCGUACUGGCCAGUAAGGAUUACCGGCUGUACAUAUACCGCUAUGUACAGGUACCGCCGAUCGGCAUGUAGAGCAGUGACGCGUCACGACGACGACGAUGAUCGUCGUGCGCCAGUGUCAACGUUUUUCAUCGUGUCAUUGUCAUCGCCAUCAUCAUCGCCGCUCUUCGUCGUUGGACGGUCGCGUGGCCAUCACGAUCUCAUCGAUCUUUCCUCUCACCUACGUUCGCCUGUCUUCUACGUCUGCUUCAUCGUCAACGCUCGCGCGCUCAACUCACCAUCUUCGCCAUCAUCUAUCUAUCACCUUCUUCGCUCGCCCCAACGAGACGUUUCACACUGACCAUGAGAAAGAAGCGCACCAUUUAUUGCUUCAUACAUGACUCUCAAGGAACCAACUCCCGAGCGAGUGUCGUUUACGCGGCAAGAAAAUGGGAGCCCCCUCGCCGGAACUUUCCCGAGGCGCUCCUCUUGUGGACUCUGCCGAACGACGGACAUCACCGACGGUAUGCGAGAAAGCACGCGCGCGCUUCCCUCGAUAUCCUCCUCGCAUUUCCGCGAGCUGUCCCUCUUUAUCCCACGUGGACAAGCGGAAAGAAAGAGGAGAAACGCGCGACGCUUUGUGUGUAUAGCCCUUGCGACGCUGGGCUGUUUAGGACCCGCAAGAGAAAGAGAGAAAGUAA